AUGACAGACAAGACCAUCGUCUCGGAUAGUACAAGUCUCUCAGAUGGCCAGCUCCUGUCGGAGAAAGAUGACAAACGUGUGCGGUCCAAGAUCGACGCGGUGGUGAUGCCUCUGGUUGCCAUCGCCAUGACCCUGGCUUUUCUCGACAAGAACGGCCUUGGCUAUGCGGCAGUCUGGGGCCUGGAAACAGACACCCAUCUCCAAGGCCAGCAGUACAGCUGGCUGGGAAGCAUCUUCUACUUUGGCUAUCUGGGCAUGGAACUGCCCAACCUGUGGCUGAUCACCAAGGUGCCGCUGGGCCGGUAUCUCGGCGGGUGUCUGACAGCCUGGGGCGGGUGUCUGUGUCUGCUGGCGGCGUGCAACAGCUUCGCCGGGCUGGCGACGAUCCGGUUCCUGCUCGGCGUGUUUGAAGCGGCGAUGCUGCCGUGUCUGUUGCUGGUCAACUCGCGCUGGUACCGGCGCGAGGAGCAGCCCCUGCGCACGGCCAUCUGGUACAACACGCUGGCGGGCGUGUUUGGGGGUAUCCUGAGCUACGCCAUCGGCCACAUCCACGGCGCCCUGCAGACGUGGCGGUACAUCUUCCUGAUCUACGGGUCUGUCACCGUCGCGUUUGGGGUGCUGGUCAUCCUCGCCCUGCCUGACCGGCCGGCCACGGCCUGGUUCCUCUCGCCGGGGGAGAAGAAGAUGGCCGAGGCGCGCGUGGCGGCGAACAAGACCGGCGCGGCGGCCUCGUUGGCGUCGGCGCAGCGCAGCAGGAUGCUGGACGCUGACCUCGCUGGUGUCUAUCUCAUGGGCUUCUAUAAUGUCCCCUGGGUCCUGGCCUUGAGCCUGCAGACCUCCAACACGGCGGGAAUCACCAAGAAGAGCUUUGUCUCGGUGUCUAUCGCGGUCUUUUACGCGGUUGGCAAUAUUGUUGGCCCCCAGUUCUUCAGGUCCAGCCAGGCGCCGCAUUACAGCCUCGGCAUCGGGGCCAUGCUGUGUGCGUUUGCCGUCAUGGCGGCCACAGGCGGAUUCUAUUUCAUCGCGUGUUUCCAGGCCAAUCGAAGCCGAGAACGUUCAGGAUCAAAUGAGGGCGAUGAGACAGACACGGAGGAUCUGACCGACUGUGAGAAUCGUAGCUUUCGAUAUGUAUAUUAA